CUCAGGACUUCACACAGCUGUGAGAGAACAUCUGAAACUUAACUUCAGAGAAGUGGAUCUAUCAUGACUGCCAGGAUCCAGGGAACAUUGAGCCGGGACAAACCUGUGCCACAGAGCCGAGCUACAGAGAUGACAGCGAGGGUCAGGAGGGCUCUGUGGCUGGUCGUGGGCAUGCUCAGUCUGUCCCUGCUGGUGGUGGCGCUGGGAGUCUACACGACCACCCGAACAGAGAGCCUGAACGUGACCGGCUACAUCUCCGGAGUCAUUCUGACUCUUGGAUCCUUCUUGGGACUUCUGGGGCUCUGCCUGGAAGAAAACCGCAGGCAGCUGCUGACGGCUGCGAUCGUGUUCCUCAGCUUUGGGACCAUCACUGCUUUUCUGUGCCUGGUGAAUGAUAGCGUCUGUACUGUCUUAAACAUGGACAUGCGUCCACUGAGAGCAGGGAGAUGUCAGUAUUACAGCAGCGGGACCAGCUACAUCUAUGAGAAUUUCUUCACCUCAGUUUCAUGUUGGAAUCUGAAGGAGUCUUGUACCAUGACAGUAAGAAGUGGAACCUGCUACUGCUGCGACCUGUACGACUGUGCCAAUGGAGGUUACCUCAGCAACUACUACGAGUUUGUUGGAGUCCAAAGCUGUGAGGAAGUUUUCACUCUUUACAUUUUGAUAUGGAUCCUCACCGGUCUGAACCUCGUGGCGCUCUUCACAGGGAUCCUGAUCACAGCGGUGCUCGGUAGCAUCAAGGAUAUGAGGAGUAGCAGCACUGUGACCGAGUCCCCUGAAGCCACCGCGACUUCCCCAACAGCUCCUCGACUGAUGAACACCAACACGCACACAGUUCCCCAGCUCUACCCAGAAGUCUCGAUGUAUUUCCCUCCUGCAGAAAAAACACCCGCGUCACAGAGUUUUCCUUCCUCAUCAACAUCUCACUUGGAGUCGACUCCCCCUCCCUUCGCCCCUCUGACCACCCUGCUGCCGUGCAGAGCCCAAGGCUUAUCGGCCUAAACUCUACCAGCAGAAAAUGAUAAACAUCUGGGAUAAACAGAUGCUUCAUUAUUAUCAUUAUUGAUUACUAUAUGUUUUAAUGUUGUGUGGAUUGAAAGAUGGAACAACUUAAUGAAAAAUACCCUGGUCUGAAUAUUAUGUAGGAAUACAAUAUGAAGAUUUUUUUGUAAGGAUCCAAAAGCAGAUAUGAGAAAUUGUGUAGUGUAGUAAUGUAUAGUA